AUGACUGAAAACCUCCCAUACAUGCAAGCAUGUCUCGGCAGUGCAGCAGCUUGUUUGAAAUGCGCUGAGAACGCAUCCGGUGAAGGAUGUUCCAAACAAUGUCGCACUAACGCUGAGCUCGCAUCGUGUACUGCAAAGCUUAUGUCGAUUGGUGCUCCCGAAGUGAAAGCGUUGGUUGAUAUGACCAGGGCGUCAUCGGACAAAUGUUCUGAGAUGUGUGGAAAGCAUGACAACGACCACUGUCAGGCAUGCGCUAACGCUGCUCGGCAACUUGCAGAUUCAUUGCGGAUGUAUCAGGAGUCAAACUCUUAA